UUUCUCGACGAGAGCCCCGGGAUAUUGCAAGCGAGAGCUAGAGGGAGAGAGAGAGGGAGGAGAAAAGUUUGGGGUUGGGGUGGAGAUCUUUUUGGAGAAUCUCCUCAAAGGCUCUCUCUUCUCUACCAACGGAGGUAGCACUGCUCCUCUCUCGCGGAUCGAGAUGGUUCGAUUUGGUGUCUGGAUUCGGUUCUUGGUAGAGCUGCUCCGUUUUCUGUUCGGAAGGGGGACCGGAAAUGGAACCCAACUCAUUCUCUGAUCCGAAGAGAGAGAGAGAGCGAGAGAGAGAGAGAGAGCAGUAUAAGGCUGCUUGAGUGUGAGAGGAGAGUGUGAGGCAGAGACGGAAUUAGGUGUUAGUAGUUAGUACUGAAGUGAUUAGAGGUUGGUGUCUUCAGCUAUGGGUUUUGAGCCGCUGGUCUGGUACUGCCGGCCGGUCGAGGACGGGGUCUGGACGACGGCGGUGGAGAAUGCUUUUGGAGCAUACACGCCCUGCGGCAUCGAGACCCUGGUCGUUUGCAUCUCCCAUCUGGUUCUUUUCGCUGCUUGUGUCUACCGGAUAUGGAGGACCAAUAAAGAUUUCACUAUUCGGAGAUUCUGUCUGAGGUCCCGGGCUUACAAUUACAUGUUGGGGCUGCUGGCCACGUACUGCACUGCAGAGCCUUUGCUUAGGCUGAUUAUGGGCAUGUCAAUUGCGAAUCUGGAUGGACAGACUAGUCUUGCUCCCUUUGAGAUAGUUUCACUGCUCAUUGAGGCUUCCUCUUGGUGUUGUGUGCUUAUUAUGAUUGGAGUAGAGGCUAUAAUCUACAUCUGUGAGUUCCGGUGGUACGUCCGGUUUGCAGUUAUCUACGUUCUGAUUGGGCAAAUUUCUAUGUUCAAUCUUGUUCUCUCAGUGAGAGAGUAUUAUGAUAGGUCAAUCUUCUAUUUGUAUGUUAGUGAGAUAGCAAGCCAGAUUUUGUUUGGAAUCCUAAUGCUGGUCUAUAUUCCCAGUUUGAAUCCUUACCCAGGAUAUACUUCAAUUAGAAAUGAGGUGUUUGUUGACAACACAGGUUAUGAAGCACUUCCUGGGGGAGAGCAGAUUUGUCCCGAGAGGCAUGGCAAUAUAUUGUCCAGGAUAUUGUUUUCAUGGAUGACUCCCCUCAUGCAACAAGGGUAUAAAAGGCCUAUUACUGAGAAGGAUAUUUGGAAAUUAGAUACAUGGGAUCAGACGGAGACAUUGAAUAGCAGGUUCUGGAAAUGCUGGGCUGAAGAAUCCCAGAGACCCAAACCAUGGCUUUUGAGAGCACUGCAUCGUAGUCUUGGGGGAAGAUUUUGGCUGGGAGGAUUUUUCAAGAUUGGUAAUGAUGCUUCUCAAUUUGUGGGCCCACUAAUAUUGAAUCACCUCUUGGAGUCUAUGCAAGAAGAAGAUCCAUCUUGGAAUGGCUACAUUUAUGCCUUUGGAAUUUUUGCUGGAGUGGCAUUGGGUGCACUAUUUGAAGCACAGUACUUUCAGAAUGUUAUGCGUGUUGGCUUCAGACUGAGGUCUACCUUGGUUGCAGCUAUUUUUCGCAAAUCACUAAAACUAUCACAUGUGGGUCGUAGGAAAUUUGCAACAGGGAAGAUAACAAAUUUGAUGACUACUGAUGCAGAAGCACUCCAGCAAGUCUGCCAACAGCUUCACAAUGUAUGGUCGGCUCCUUUUCGUAUUACCAUAGCUAUUGUACUGUUGUACAAACAGCUAGGUGCUGCAUCACUUGUUGGCUCAUUUAUGCUGGUUCUCAUGUUCCCAAUACAGACAUUUGUAAUAAGCAAAAUGAAGAAACUGUCAAAGGAGGGCUUGCAACGUACUGACAAGCGCAUUGGUCUUAUGAAUGAGAUAUUGGCUGCUAUGGAUACCGUGAAAUGUUAUGCGUGGGAGCAAAGUUUCCAGUCAGAAGUGCAGAGCAUUCGCAAUGAUGAGCUCUCAUGGUUCCGUAGGGCUCAGCUAUUAGCAGCAUUCAAUAGUUUUAUUCUGAAUAGCAUACCAGUUGUUGUUACAGUCUCAUCAUUUGGGAUGUACUCUUUACUUGGGGGGGAUCUGACACCUGCAAAAGCAUUUACGUCACUGUCACUGUUUUCGGUAUUAAGGUUUCCUCUGUUCAUGCUCCCUAAUGUGAUAACUCAGCAAACAAUUUAUCAUUGGUUGUAGCUUGAAGAAAUAACGUGGGUUCCUGUUGGUGAGCAAUUGAAUUCAGUAAUUAUACUUUCUGCAAUUUUGGGAUUCUAAGUGAAUUUUUGCAAGCUGACCUAAUAUCAAAUAUAUAUAAAUUUUAUCUUUGUACUUGGGCUUAGCUAGACUGGCAUCCUAUCUCUGAAAUGGCCGAUUUGGCUUUUCGCUUUGUAUACCUAAAUAUUUCCAUUAUAAGAAAGCAAAACUCUUAGUCUUGUAAAAAAGAUAUUGGAUUAAUAAUUGCAGAGUACCAUAUAACAAAGUGCAAAUGAAGAACCUUUUCUACCAGCCAAUUUUGGGAGGGUUCCUUUACAUUAUGUCAGAAAUGCAUCUUUUUGUAAAAUUUCUAGUUUCAAAUGAACUGUAGAUUAGUAAUCUUUCACAAUAACUAGUGUAUCACUGAGUCCCACAUUUAUCUCAUUUGUCCUGUUCUCACCUGAUUUGGGCCAGGUUUUCUCCAGUCCCAGAUUAAAAAAAAAAAGAAAAAGAAAAAGAAGCAAAGUUGUUUGAACUGAUGUUGGAGAAGGCGAUGUGAUUGCUUUUAUUACUCGAUUUAUUUUUGGUUAAAACCAUGGACUGCACUUAGUCAUUUGAUAGUCAGGAGCCUUUUUUAUUUGGUAAGAAUGGUAAAUUUUGCUGGAAAAUAUGGAUGAAUAUGUGAUGCAUUUAGGUAGGAAAAGGAACCAAAUAUGAGAAGUUGAUGGUAUUAAGAAGAGCUAAUAAAGGAUGAUUGCUAACAUUUUAUAUUCCUUCAGAAGGUAGGAUUACUCUUACAAAGGGCUUCACCUUUAUUUUUGAGUUUUGCCAAGCAUUGUGUGUCUGGACUAUUUGAUCUGAGUCCAAAGAUGACUCCUGUUAGCUUACAAUGUUCAUAUCUUGAUGUAUUCCCAUAUUUGAAGAUCCUUGAUCGACUUCAUCAUAGUAGCUAAUGGCCCUAGAACUCCUCAACCAUUCUUACAACUAAAUUGGACUUUUCUGCAGAAAACUAUUGGUACGGACACCAGUACCAGACCGCCUGUUACGCGGGGCUACUGCGGUCGCAGGAGGAUGGUCCAGCCACUUUCGUUGUGGCUGGACUAAUUUGAUUUCAUGUUAUUUUAUUUUAUGUUGGUUGGGUUUAUUUGCAUAUUGUUAUUUUAGGAUUUUAUAGGAUUAUUCUAUUUGUAGGGGUCUUUUGUUAUUUUGUAACCCUAUAUAUAGGGGUUCAUCCAUUUGAUUAGGAUAAAUGAAUGAUUGAAAAAAUGAACAGCCUCCUUUCUUCUCUUCUUCCUUCCCCUUUCUUUUCUCUGUCGUCCUGCAUCAACUUGUUAUCAGAGCCCGUGC